CAAGCUGCUCUUCUCUGACUCUUGGUGCUGUUUCUUCGUGGUUAAAAACGUUUCGGGAUCUAAAUAAUUGUUUUUAAUGCAAAAUUUAAUACAGUAUAGGCAUAUUAGCUGUACGUCUUAUACGUAUGUAAAUGCUAAGCUAUGCGCUGUCUACAAUGAUAUGUGAUUUAAGUUCGAAAUAUACAUGCGCAAAUGUGUUUGGCUUACAAAAAGUCCCUUGUAUGUAUGUAUGUACGUGUUGUGUAGUGCUGUUUGCGGCGCUGCGUACACAACACUUCGGGACGACCACUAUGUAUGUUGACUGCAAUCUCAAGUGAAUCUGAACCUGAUCCCUAAGCCACAUAGUUAUGGAUUUGGAAAAUACCAACACGAGCGCUAAAUUAAAGGCGUCAGCGACUGAAAGCGGCCUUAGUGGAUCUGGAUCUGGAUCGCAAAAUCAGCAGCUGUCAUUAAAUGACGAUGCAACCGGUACAGCAGCAGCUGGGGCUAGAGCAACAGUGUUCCAAUACCAAGAGGAUACAAAUGAGACGGCACUUGGUGGGGCGACAGCUAUGCCAACACUUGCGACGGGACUAGCGACAUCAGUCCUAGACCUUCCGCCACCUUCUGCUAAUAUCCCAGAGCAAGGAAAGACUCGACCAAAUGGAGAAUCCACGGUUAAACCAUUGACACAAGAAUCGACUGCGUCGAUUGAAAAAGAAAUAUAUACAUCAGGAUGCGCUUCUGCGUCAGCUUCAGCCUGUCGAGUAUCUGUUGCAAUUGGGCCUAGUGCAAGUGAUUUCGACUCCGAUACGGAACUCUCGAUAGUAGCAGCCGCAGCCGCGGCAGCCGUAGCAUCAACGGGGAUGGAUUUGAGAUCACCGUCUUCAUCGACAACAGGAUGUACACUGGCAUCUGGUGGUGCAGUACCUUUGGCAAGUACUGAAAUCGGAUCAGAACUAGAUGCUGGUACUGUCAACACAAAUGGAUACAAUGCCAAUAAUAACACAUCCAGCAGUGCCCAUCUUAGUCUCAAUGCAAAACAACAGCGUCAGCAAAAGCGCCGACGUGAGCGUGCCCAGCGUCUGCAAGCGGAGCGAGAUAGUCGGUGUAGUUCAAGUACCUUAAAUGGCGCAUAUAUUGCUGGCUCUAUGGGGAUCAGUGGAUGUAAUGCUGGUAGUGUCAACGUAGCUGUUGCAGGAGCUGCAGGCCAAGGAAUCGGAGCUAUAGCCACUGGUGCAUCAUCAUCUGCUCUGAUGGGUAGUGGGCCGGGGGCAGGACCAGGCAAUGGCAUGAUAUACCACAUAAAUAGCGCGGGCAGCAUGGGCGAGGACAGCAAUAAUUCAAACGGAAACUUUACCAGCAGUAGUAAUGGCAGCAACAACCUUCUGCCCCCUACAGAUAGUAUUGCAUCAUUAUUGUUAAAUCCGCCACAUUCCCCCGAGUGCAAUUCCGGAUUAAUGGCCACGCCUAGUGACAGCGAAGGUGAAUCCCUAGAUGAGGAUCUUCUUUCAACGUCAUCAUCAUCAACGCUGUUGCUUCCACGUGACAAGCCACCACCUCGUCCACCGCCCCCGGUUCGUAGAAAAUUACCUCGCUCACCAGUGCUCGAGGAGGAGAUCAUCGACGGUUUUGCUAUAUUGGAGUUUAAAACAUAUGAAGAUCUCGAGUUCGCCAUUAAAUUGGGUCAAAAACGCAAGGAGAAACGCCUAUCCGCACUCGAAGAGCUAACGUCAACCUACUGCAUUGAGGAAAUGAAAAUUCCAAAGAUAAUCGAUACUGGUCAACCACAUCCGCUGCGUGCCACAAGUUUGUCCGCGCUGGCUGUUGUUAGCAACACCAAUCUUAAGGAGAACACUCAGCUUCAUAAUCGCAAUCCUGGCAACAACAAUAUUAACAACAACAUAAAUCACAAUUGUACCACAUCCAACAGCAAUAACAACAGCAGCUGUAGUGCAGUAUACAUGUUGCCUACAGUAAGUGCAGCCUCCGAUACGCAAGCGGAAUGUGUGGCACAUUGGCGAUCUGAAUACGGGCAACAGCAGGAGCAAAUGCAGUGCAGCGAUAGUGUCAAUAUUAAAAGUAACAUCAGCAAUGAGAAUCAAAUUAUUAAUAGUUGUAGUCAGCAAGUGAAUCAUGCCAAGCAAUCAGGCAAACAAUCUGACGGAGACGGUGGUACAGUACCUACGAACAGCCUUACGAACAGUAAAACUACUUUCCUAGAGAAUGGUAACGGUAACGGUAACGAUGCGCUCAUGUUGGAUAUCAGCCGCUCAACGUUAACCGUUGGUGGAAUUAAUGAAAAUACAAAAGAUUGCAUGAAGACGAACAUGCUGAGUGCAAGCAGUAAGAUGGUGGAAACCAGCAAAUCUCACAAUCCCCCUGCCAGCAUUAAUAAGACAGAUGAGGUACCUAGUAAUGCUGUAACACCAGUCGAUAUUCAGAACAACAGCAUGGAAUAUAUUGGGAAGAAAGGCAUAAAAUCAAAUGAUGCUACUGCAGUAGCAACAACAACAACAGCAACCAAUAAUCACAAAGGGGUGUAUAAAAUAUCCUCACAGCCGGCGAAAGCCAUGGACAAACCAAACCGCUCUAAGGAUUUAGAAGUCUCCACAGCCGCAGCCUGUCACAUGCUGAAUAUUCAAGAUUUAAGUAACGGUUCAGCGCAGGUCGUUGUUCCCACUAAUAAUAAUAACAAGGACAACGAACAAAAUGAUAUUUUUAUUGAAGCUCAAAGAUGCAGCAGCAAGGGAGAUAAUAACUGUGAUAAUGUCUGCGGAGAAAAUAAGAAUUCUUCAAGCUUGUUGGGUAUAGACUACCCAUCGGCGGCAAUGCAUGUUUCAAAUUCUUCACCGAAUCAAGACCGGAAGAGUCAUAGCAAGCCUUCGGAUCUUUCGCUCUUGCAAAUAAUUGAACCGGCCGUGCCUUUAACACCGACUUUAAUCCCUGGGUCUACAGGGGGGUCAGAGAGUGAUGCACGUGGUAUUACCAACGAAAACACUAUCGCAAGUGCACAACAAGCUGUGGCUGUGAUUACCAGUGCUUCCGUGUCCACAUCUGCAGUCGUUCUUGCGGACAGCGAAACUAAGGAAUGUAAUGCAGUACACAAAUGUGUUCCAGAUAAACCGCUGUAUCCCCUUUUGUGCGUUACUCCAUCUGUCUCUAGACCUCAACAUCCCAAUGCUGGAACGUCUGUUAGAAAUGACACAAGUGUGACUGCUUCAACGAGUAAUGAUCAGCCAAUUAUAUUUUCAACAAAGAUUGCUGCUUCAAACGGAUUAUCAUCAGCGAGCCAACAACGGCCACUUGUUCCAUUAUUACCGUGUGGCCAGAAACCGCAUGGUAACUUAGGACUUGGGUGCCAAUUUAGUGGGCGCAUCUCAACUUCAAGUUCUGGACUACCGAUGACGUCGCCGGUUUCGGUUUCGAGUGCCGUGCAAGUGCCAGCAAGCAGCCUGAAAUCAAGCGAUACCGUUGCAAGAAGCAUAAGCCACAAUAAUGUUACGGCUAGUGCCACUGGAUUGUUAUCAUCUUCGAUAUCAACAGCUUCUUCCGUCGAAACACUCAAAAUCACAAAUGGCUCUGCACCUGCAUCUGGCAAUCCAGUUUUCAAUGGUUUCCUUGGUGAUUUUCCGACGAUCAGUAGUACGGCAAAGGCACCAAUAAGUACACAGCCACGUGCUUCUCCUCAUGUUACUACCAAAUUGAUGUCGGCAGUUUCAACAACAAUAUCGAUCAGCAAUAGCACAGUUGUAAAUUCUGGUUCGGUGUUUGGAGCAGGGUCGAGUGCACUGGCGACUACAGGGCCCCCAUUACUCUUUCCUGGGGCCCCACCACCUCCGAUGUCUCAUGUGGCGGCGGGCUUGCCUAUGCUUAUUCAGGCACCGCCAUACCGUACACCUUAUCCUAACUACUCUUUGUACACACCAUACAACAACAUAACGCACGGCCCGUACCUGCCCCCAACAUUGCCAACUGCAUCGCCCAACAUAUCAUCCUCUCUACUUCGUAGCUCAGAUGCACGAAGCAGUCGAGAGUCACCAAUAGUACCGGCAUCGUUGAAGACUUCAUCUUUAAAUUUCACAGUGCAACAGAGUGCACCAUCGACACCGGGAAUGCGACCCAUCACCCCGCUUAAUAACAUCAGCGUUUCACAACCCGUUUCACAGUCGGGUGCAGCGACAGGAAAUUUUCUUUCGGCAAACUCCUCCACUGCUGGCCAUUCGCUAAGCCAUUUACAUGUAUCUCAUUCCCAUCAUGUGCCUGUAUAUGCCAAUGGUUCCUUCGGCAAUGCAACUGCUGGUCCAAAUACCACAACUUCGUUACCGUCUACUCCCGCCGUAACCUCGCUUGCAACUGCUACGCCACAAGCACUUCCUCCACCAUCUACGCAAAUGCUUCCGCAGUCUGUGCAGUUUCCAUCAGUGUCUCAUAUGCUAACUACGCAUCCGCAGUUAGCGGCACCAAUGCAAUCGCAACACCAACAAUUUUUGCGUUGCGGAGCUCCACCUUACACGUCGACUGUUCCUGCCUCCAACUUGAGCGCUUCAGUUCUCACCGUCCAAAGUUUAACGACAGCAACAACGUCGUGCUCAUCAUCUGUAUCAGCGUCAUCAUCGUCAUCUGUGAUCCAAAGAAUAGUUUCACCGAAAGGUGAAAGUCCCUGCAGCAAAGAUCGGGAUCCCGUAUACAGCACUACAAAUCUGCGAUCAAACAUAUCGGCCCCAUCAUCAACAGGCGUGUCGCAGGGUGUCAGCAUAAGUGCACCGUUUUGUGCGAUUGUGCCAAGUCCAUACGUUGGCAUAACCAUUUCUUCAUCAAAUUCAUCAAUGACGGGACCAGGGACGGGUCUAUCAUCCUAUUCCCCAAAGACUGGCUUGUGGUUAAACUCUACCCCUUCUUCUAUGGUAUCGACACCCAUCUCAUCCACAUCUGUUAUAUUCAGUGGUAGUGCCCGUCCAACUCCACCGCCAUUAAAUGUAGGAGCAGGAAUCGGAAUUGGUAUGGUGGGGACAGUGGCUCCGACGACAAGAACCCCAUCCAAUUCAAUGUCACCACACGAUAUGUCAUCUGCUGGUGUCAGUGGUCAUGUGACAGCCACAAACUUUCAACCUACUUCGUACUUCCCCGCACAUUUAACACCACCAACGUCUUCUCCAGCGACUCCAGCCACUUCUACAGCUAUCACCAGCUCAGUUCCGCAAAUUUCAUUGGCAUCCCACACUUUGACCACUAUGUCAACAACGGCAGCAGCUUCUGCUACUACGUCAUCGUCCAACAUACAAGGCAUAAAUCAGCCCACGGGUGCAAGCACAAUUACACCCACACCGCAUCCGUUUUCCGCAGAAUCUCUUUUUCAGCCAAGUAAAAAUGACCAAGCAGAUUUGCUACGUCGCGAACUAGACAGCAGGUUUUUGGAUCGCUCUGGCCUAUCUGUUCCUCCCACACCACCAUCGUCAACAUAUCUACGGCAAGAGCUUCACCAUCACCAGCAUCAGCAUACUCACUUGCACCAGCAUCAGCAGAUGAUGCCAGCUGCAUCCGUAUCCGUUACAGCUACGCCCAUGCAUUCAGGCCAAACAACUUCAGCACAAAUCUUUCCGCCGCCAUUAUUUAAAGACAUUCCCAAACUCACGGCUGUUGACCCGCAGUUCUAUCGUGCUGGUAUUGGCCUACCUCCUGCCGGCUAUACGGGCUACAGUUCGUCAGGUCUUUUGCACACUGGUUUGGGGGGAGCAACACCGUUCAUGCCCCCGAACCAUUUGACCGCUUUUGCUCCCAAGAAAACUGGUCGCUGGAAUGCUAUGCAUGUGCGUAUUGCGUGGGAAAUUUAUUACCAUCAAAACAAGCAAGGUUCUGAUAAGACAGGAUGUCCUACAGGCGGAAAUAGUGCAAAUGGGAACUUGAGCUCCACUAACACGCUAAACACCGCAAGCAACUUGAUAUCUGGAGCCGGUGGGAGUAGCACUGUUAGCACUGCCAGCACAAUUAAUAAUAUUGGAACUGUCUCGGCUAUUGGAGGCGGUAUAGCGAGUGCAAGUGGGCCAACACCGUCAAUUAGUAUUAAAUCUUCGACAGCUAUUGCAAUGAAUACAACACAACAGCAUCUUCUUCAACGGACGAAUGAACUUUCACCACCUGCAGCGUUUGCAAAUGCAUUGCCAGGACGUUCUUCAUUUGAAACGUCUCCUUUGGCGGCGAGUUUCAUUGGCGCACCACCUAGUCAUAUCGGUACGGCUGUUUCUCCUUUUGGACGCUAUGUUGCUCCAUUUGGCUUCACGGGUCUGACGCAUUUUGGCGGACAUAUAGACGCAUGGAGAUCAAAUGCUAUGCAACGCAGUGUUGCAUAUCAUACAUCACCCGCUUCUGCACCUAACUGGCCGAUAAAAUCUGAUCCAGCUUUGGACAAUGCGCGACGUGAAGCAGAGGAACGCGAGCGGGAGUCACGAGAACGUGAACAGCGAGAGCGUGACAGACAGCGUCGCGAGCGCGAAGAGCGAGAACGCAAAGAAAAAGAAGACAAACUAAAAAGAGAGCAACAAGAAAGGGAAAGAGAAAGAGAACGCGAACGCGAUCGAAAAGAGCGUGAGCGAAGGGAAAUGGAACGUCGAGAAAUGGAGCGGGAGCGAAUGUUGCAACAGCAGCGCAUUAAUGAGAGUAAUAAGCAAGCGGCGGCAGCACAAGCUGCAGCUGCCGUGCCAGUCCCUGCACGAGAUCGCUCCCCACAUCGCAACGUGGGAGAACUCACCACGGAGUUACGUAUUAAAGAGGAACAUACGCGCACCAAAGAAGAGCAGGAUAUGAUGCUAAUGCGUGUAUCGGCAGCUGCCGCCGCUGUUGGAGAUCCACGCUACCAUCCGAAUUCGCUGGCAGCUGUGCAAGCAAAUGCAGCGGCUGCUGCUGUGCAUCACCAUCAUGCAAAUUUUAUAGUGGCUGGCCGACAUGGACUACCGCCGCCACCAUCGCAUCUCUCUCGAAGUAUGAUGCCACCCACCUUAAGUGUCGGCGGUCCAAUCAGUCAUUUUGCCACGCCGGGUCCUCCGGGCUGGGGGAUGGAUCCAUACCGCGACCCGUAUCCUAUUCUGCGCUAUAAUCCCAUUAUGGAAGCCGCAUUGCGGCAUGAAGCAGAGGAGCGCCAAAAAGCCAUGAAUAUGUAUGCUGCGCAAUCUGCAGCACAUUUGCGAGGUAAGGAGCCGAGUCCCAUUCCACCUCCUUCAGUAGGUGCUUUAGGCCCACAAUCGUCACAUCACCGAUUGCAAACAUCAUCCUUAGCCGCCAAUGUCGCUCAAACGGAUUCACAACCUCCACUACAAAGCCUGCAACAGUCACCACUGUCUUCAGGUAUAGUGGUUGGAAAGAGCACUCCAUCGACACCAAUAGUCAUUCCUGUCCAACAUAUGAUUUCGGUCGAUUCAUUAAGCCACGCAACAGUUAACACAAAAAAAGAAUCAGAUCACACAAUGGGCAUAGUGGUAAGUUCCGCAGGUGUUGGUCUUGGUACAAUGCCAGCCGGCCGCAUUGGAAUAUCUCCAACUUACCAACACAAAACAUAGUAAAAAGACAAAUACAAUGAUUGGAUCAUAGUUUCGGGUUUAACCGAACCCCUCUAUGAACAUUGACGUUAGCCCCGCUCCAUCCUAAUUUUACCAAGAGCUAUUUCUGCAUGAGGGAUAAUUAAGAAAUGAAUCGCAACGCGUUUGUAAAGCAAUCAACAGGAGGAGUGACACACAACGUAUAAUAUUUGUCUUUUAUUAUUAUUUGAAACACACAGAAACACAGAACAAGCUGUUUAAAAUGUUUUGCCAAUAGUUAAUUCAAUUAAUAAGCACAAAGAAGUAUAGAUUUUCAAUUUCUUUAAAACUAAACACUGAGCCUCGUUUUUCGAAACACGGUGUGCCCAACAUAAUUCUGGUCGCUUUGUAAAACAGCACUUAAUACGAACUUUACUCAUUCACAUAUAACUGAAGAAACUAGUUUAAAGUAGAUAUUUACGUUCGCAAAUUUAGUUUUAGUGCAUUUAUAUUAUUUUUAUAAUGUGACAUUAAGAAUGGCCAAAAGAAAUGUUGAGAAUAUCUUUUAAUUUGAUUGUACAUAUACAUAUAUAAAAAACGAUAAAAGAAAUUAUAUAUACUCUAUGUAUUACCGCAGAAUGAAACUGAUACAAUCCAAACUAUAAUGUACAUGAUAUACAUAUGUAGGUAUGUAUAACUGUAACAGCUUCAAUCUCUUCUUGCAUUAUGUGUUUAAAGACAUUACCACAAAAUGCAAUAAAUGUAAAAAAUGAGAAAAUCAAUAAUAGAAUCAUUGGUAACAAAUAACAAAUAACAUAAACUUUUUCACUUGCCCAUUGUGUUCCUGUUUGUUGUGGGUAUUAUACAUACAUUUUUUGUAACUCCAAAGAUAACACGGAAUUUAAUAAUUUUAAAGACAAAGCCUUGUGGUGGGUGGGGGAGUACUUGAGACAUUUGUAAAUCGACUCGAAAGAAUAUAUAUUGUAUUUUGGUUUGUAAGUUACGGUCAUUUUACAUAUAUUCAAAUAAUCCAUAAAACCAUUUAUUAUGGAACUCCGCUUUAGCUCGAUUAUAUACAUAGAACAGCUGAACCCGCCGCGACUUUGUCCACGUGCAAUUUUUUUAAUAAAUGUAAAAAUGUUUUGUAAUGGACGAAAUGAAUAUGGAUGCAUAUAUAAUUUUUUUGAUUUCGGCGGUUCCGGAGAAUUGGUGCAAAACUAUUUCCAU